AUGGGUGCUGCCCAGGGCAGGGCAGGGCCCGGGGCUUCCCAGAGGAAGGGACCUACAAGCCAGGCCUUGAAGGAUGAGAAAGAUUUGGCUCUAGGGGAGGGUGAAGGCAAAGACUCAGGACUAAAGCAGUCUCAGCUGAAGGUGAGAUUCUGUACCAAUGAGUCGCAGAAGUCCCGGGGAGAGCUGGUGAGGCUGCUUCGGCGCUUGGGAUUUGACAUCUCGGAGGGAGAGGUGACUGCCCCUGCACCAGCCGCCUGCCAGAUCCUGAAGGAGCGAGGCCUGCGGCCACACCUGCUCAUCCAUGAUGGACUCCGCUCAGAAUUUGAUCAGAUCGAUGUGUCCAAUCCAAACUGUGUCGUACUUGCAGAUGCAGGAGAAGGCCUUUCUUAUCAGAACAUGAAUAAAGCCUUCCAGGUGCUCAUGGAGCUGGAAAAGCCUGUGCUCGUAUCACUGGGAAAAGGGCGCUAUUACAAGGAGACCUCUGGCCUGAUGCUGGACGUUGGUGCCUACAUGAGGGCGCUCGAGUAUGCCUGUGGCAUCAAAGCUGAAGUGGUGGGGAAACCUUCUCCUGAGUUUUUCAAGUCUGCCCUGCAAGCAAUGGGGCUGGAAGCCCACCAGGCCAUCAUGAUUGGGGACGACAUCGUGGUUGACGUCGGCGGUGCCCAGCGGUGUGGGAUGCGAGCGCUGCAGGUGCGGACCGGGAAGUUCAGGUCAGUGCCCGCGGCUGGUUCUGAGAGUGACAGCUAA